AUGAUCUUAGGGUCAGGGAGAUGUAGUGGAUACUUCAAACAGAAGGGUGCCCCAGGGUCAGGGAGAGGUAAUGGAUACUGCAAACAGAAGGGUGCCCCAGGGUCAGGGAGAGGUAAUGGAUACUGCAAACAGAAGGGUGCCCCAGGGUCAGGGAGAGAUAACGGAUACUGCAAACAGAAGGGUGCCCAAGGGUCAGGGAGAGGUAACGGAUACUGCAAACAGAAGGGUGCCCCAGGGUCAGGGAGAGGUAACGGAUACUGCAAACAGAAGGGUGCCCCAGGGUCAGGGAGAGGUAACGGAUACUGCAAACAGAAGGGUGCCCAAGGGUCAUGGAGAGGUAACGGAUACUGCAAACAGAAGGGUGCCCCAGGGUCAGGGAGAGGUAACGGAUACUGCAAACAGAAGGGUGCGGUGCUCCAGGGUCAGGGAGAGGUAACGGAUACUGCAAACAGAAGGGUGCUCCAGGGUCAGGGAGAGGUAACGGAUACUGCCAAAAGAAGGGUGCCCCAGGGUCAGGGAGAGGUAAUGGAUACUGCAAACAGAAGGGUGCCCCAGGGUCAGGGAGAGGUAAUGGAUACUGCAAACAGAAGGGUGCCCCAGGGUCAGGGAGAGGUAAUGGAUACUGCAAACAGAAGGGUGACCCAGGGUCAGGGAGAGGUAAUGGAUACUUCAAACAGAAGGGUGCCCCAGGAUCAGGGAGAGAUAAUGGAUACUGCAAACAGAAGGGUGCCCCAGGGUCAGGGAGAGGUAAUGGAUACUGCAAACAGAAGGGUGCCCCAGGGUCAGGGAGAGGUAAUGGAUACUGCAAACAGAAGGAUGCCCCAAGGUCAGGGAGAGAUAAUGGAUACUGCAAACAGAAGGGUGCCCCAGGGUCAGGAAGAGGUAGUAGAUACUGCAAACAGAAGGGUGCCCCAGGGUAAGGGAGAGGUAAUGGAUACUGCAAACAGAAGGGUGCCCCAGGGUCAGGAAGAUUUACGUCGAUUUUCAUAG